AUGAAACCAUCCCCAACAAUCCCAAGACAAUUUUUCAAAGAAUUAGGUAUAAUUGCUAAGCAAUCUGGUGAAGAACUUGAAGAGUUCUUCAAAUACAAACUGUGCCCUUACCCGUUGCCUCUUUUUGACGACUAUGGUAUGAGAAAAGGAAAGUCUUCUUUAUCCAGCAUCGCUAAUAGCUUCGUACACCCAGUGUUAAAGUGCUCUCAAAAAAUUGUCCAUUUACCAAAUACAAGUAAGUCAAAUUUACUAAAUUUUGGUGUGUGCAGAGUUUUUACCACACUCACGGAACACAAGAAGUUACAAACAAAACCAUUAAUUAAUUACGUGAAAAUUACGCAAAAUAGUAACCAAAUGCACCACUCCAAAAACCAUAAGGUCGAUUUUCGCUUGCUACGACUAUUCAGUAGACAAGAAAAGCUUCCACCGACGGUCAAAAUUAUGGAUGGAUUAGCAAACGAAACAAAAUUACUAUAUGAUUUACUUCUAGAAGCAUUGAAGAAACAAACUGUAGAACUUAAAAAAGAAUACCAAGAAUCAAACACAGCACUGAAGUUAGAACUAAACGAAGCUAAAAAAGAAAUCAACUCUAUGCAGAAAAGGUGUAUUGAAUUAGAGAGAAAAAAAAGAAAAAACAACACUAUUGUAUUUGGACAAAAGCUCAAAAAAGAAGAAAUACUAAAUACUCUAAACUCGAUUCUGGAAUGCGACAUUAAGGAACAGGACUUAAACAACAUAUACACCCUCGGAAAAACUGAAGAUCCACCGAUAGUCUUGGAGUUCAUAUCCUUUCUAAAGAAGCAAUCCCUUUUUAAGGACACCGAAAAGUUAAAAAAACUCACGCAACACGGAAUAUCUCUCACAAACGACUUAUGUCCAGAGGAUAGAGAGGAACUUAAAAUAUUGAAAAAACAUCUGAAGCAGGCUAAGGAACAAAACUGUGUUGCAAAAAUAAGAAACUUGAAACUAAUUAUAGAUGGGACCCCCUAUACAGCUAAUCAGCUGCAGUCUCUAGAAGAAGAGGAAAGUACAGAAAACGAGUCUGAAGACGAAAUAUUUAAAAAAACAAGCACGGAGAAUCCAAAAAAUCCAAAAACAGCUGAGAGCUCAAAACAAUACACAGCAAAACCAACGGCGGAAAGAACUAACACCGAAAAAGCAAAAAGGAAGAGAAGGAAGAUACAAUAUAGUCCUCGAGCCGUCAGGACUCGAAGCAGUAACAAAUAAAAAUAACACUUUUUUUGCUCGAAUUAUUAUAUUGCAAUAAACCUUCAUUAUUUACUCGGCACUUUAAUAUUGAAUAUUGGAUAUGUUUAGAAUCUUUUGAUCAUAUAAAAUUUAGUUAUCUUUGUACCGAAUACAUAUUAAUUUUAUAAGGCUUCUGCCAUAUUUCACUUUUAGGAUAAAAAAAUAGACUAGGAAAUAAGUAGUUAGAUCGAAAAUAUAGAACAUAGUUACUCUUAUUUAAUUUGGCUUGAGCUUUGAACAAAAAAAAAACUAAAUAAAAAAGAAACACAGACCGUAUUAAAUAAAUUAAAGCAAUGGAUAGAUAUCUGCUGGACUUUGAUAUCUUUGAACCGGCAACCAUUGAGGCAAGGAACUUAGAAAUGGCAAACAAAUUAA